AUGGCGGAGGUAGAGGACGUCUCGGAUGAGCAGCAACAAAUCUCAGGUUCGCCUUGCGACGAAAUCGAUCCAGCAGAAAUUUUUGAAAACCAGGGAUGUUUGGGGGUUGAAAUAUUUCCUGCGGAUGACAGAGGAUCUGGCUCAGAGUUUGACUCUGAGCGCGAAGAGAUUGUUGAUUUGUCAUCUGAGAAUGAGCUUUCCGACAGUUUUCCAUACGGGGUGACUCCGCCGAGAAAUAUAAGAAGACGCAAAGAGAAGUCAAGAAGAGAAAAAGAUAAAGUGAUCUCUCUCCUUAAAAGUCCUGUAACUCGUCCAUAUGGAUCUAAUCCUUCGGAAAGAACCGAGCUGGACAGACGGAAAAAGCGGGGUUCUACUCAGCUGACAACUGAACGAGCCUUCCAGAGACAACUCAAGCGAGGCAGUGUUGAUGUUGGAUUUGUCAGUGUUGAAAGUGGUGUCCAUUCGUCAGACACUUCAAAGUCUUUAGAUGUGCCCAGUAUCAAGAUCGAAACCUCAAGUCCAUUCAUGUCCUUGGACUGCGUUUGCGAAGAUUCUUCCGAUACUUCAGGCAUAUAUAUACGUGCCAGCACUGUCACGGAAUCUGGUGCCAUUACUCGAAGAAACGCCGGAGGACACAAGAAAGCAUCUCGCUCAGAAUCUGAUCCUCAUAGUUCUUCUACAUCUAAAAUUUUUCUCAAUCCCUAUUGUCCAGAGGCGAGAAUGGAGUUCUAUAGAACAUUUUCUCUUUUGAUCAAACUAGGCUCAUUGGCUCAUAAAGAAAGACAGUAUGGAGUUGAUAACAGUGCCCUUGAGAGGCAAAGUUCAGAAGAAAAUAAAAAAUGGCAAGUGGCAUUGUCACAAGCACUUUGGCUUGAACUGCAGGCUUGGCAUGCAAACCGAACCAUGGCAGAACAAGAUCAGUAUUUAGUUCAAGCUCGUGCUAAUGUGGAAGAGGUGCUAGAUGAGGUUAUAAAUUUUAAAGUUAAGAAACAAGAUGGGGACAGUCAGAAUUUGAAUGAAGAAACUGAGAAAAACAAUUGUGAAAACAAUCAAGAUGCAAAAGGAGAUUCUGGUGUUCUUGAUACUGAUGGAACUGUCUGUAGUACCAACGAUGAUUUGCCUACUUCAACACAGUCAUCACAUUCAGUUGAUCCUUCAGUGCACAAUUCUUAUACAGCAGAUCAAGAAAAUUUUUUUCAGACUUUGGAGACAUCUGACACAGAACAUUGUGUAAAUGAAAACAGUGAGCUUUCUUCUACUGAGACAGAUAGCUUCAAAAAUGACCUUGACAGAGAUGCGCCAGAUUACAAAGCUUUACGAAGCAGACUUUCACUAGAUUUUAAUCAUAGAAACCAGAAACAGUGUCUCAGUGAAGCAAAAGAGGAUUGUUUCUCAGAUAAAACAUACUGUCAGCUAAAAGCCGCCAUAGAUCAAGUUACAGAACUCUUUGACAAAUUGGAAAUGAUCGAGCAUCUUUAUCCCACUCGUAAGAACCUUGGAGAGCAAAAUGAAAAGUACACAAGCAAAGAUUUCACAAGGAACUUUGAAACAUUGUGUUUGUGGUUGAAUGUAACCAGAGAAUUAUACCACAAGCUACAUUCGAUUGCUAAGUUUGUUGGUGUGAAUCCAGAUGACACAAAAGUUUGGCAAGAUUGGUUAGAUGUUGGUCUUGGAAGAUUGGGUAUGUAUAUUUGUAUGGUAGCUAAAUUUUGUGCAUGGUUUCAGCUUUAUUUUCCUUUGUUUUGGGUGUGUUAACUCCUUAACCUCCCAGAAGUGAUUAACAUAUAACUUCUAAGUAUAAUAUCCAUACAUUGUCAAGCAAGCGCAUAAAAAGAAUACUCAAGCUUAUCAGGUAGAAGCUGUUAUCUUGAUCUAACACAAAUUUCUUUUACUAAUUCAAGGAAAUAUGUAGAGGCUAGAGGGGAGAAUUAACAAUCAGAUCUUGGGUGUUGAAGGGUUAAUGGGAAAUAAUGGGUUUGAAACACAAGAAAUUACAAUUUAGUCCAAAGUUAAAAAUUCAGCCACAACAUGAAUGUGUGUAAUCCUUAUUAUCAUAAUUGCUCCAGUGCUUACAGAGAUGCUCAAACUCUGAUUGGUUGAGGAUUGCAUUUCAUCUUACCAUCAUCACCUUGCACGAGGUGUUUAUAGUACUGAGGUGCUAAAUUUUAAAAAGGCUACCUUGCAUUUUUUUCAUUGUUACAGAGGAAGUGAUGUACACAAUAAAGAAAAUUCAAUUUUUAAGAAUGCAAAAGAUGCUAUAAGGUUUGGAGUAAUACUUUUCAAAAGAAAGACAUCAUGGACUUUUUUAUCAAUUGAAUCGAACAAACCUUUCAAAUUCUAGUAGAAACUGGCUCUUUAUCUUGCUCUGAGAAAUCAAAACAAUUAAUGCCAAAUGGUUUUAACAUCAAAAAGAAUUCACAACAGAAUUUGAAAGCACCAAAUAAGUAAAUAUACUAACUUUUGUUUGGGGAUUAUUCAGCAAUAUUCACUUUGCCUUCAGCAAAUAAUUAUUAAAUGAUGGGAAAACAAGUUAACCUUCCAUACGCUAACAUUAGUAUCCUAAUUCUCCUUGCUCUUCUCUAUACAUUUUCUCUGUAAUUAGAAGGAGAAUUUGUUUAAAAAUCAAAGCUUCUAAAGUUGGCAAUCAUUUCCUUGAUUCUCAUAACCACAAGAAUGAUUCAGUUAGUAGUAUUACAUUGCCUGCUCAGGUGUGAAUACUAUUAGCCCACAUGCACCAGUUUGUUAGUUUUUUAAAUUCAGUGAGUUAACUUUUGUAUUUUAUUUAUUUAUUUAUUUGGAAGUAAAUUUUUGCAGAUAAUAUGUGCCCAGCCUCUGACUUGAAUCUUGAUGACAAUGAAACUUAUUUUUCAUUAUCUGAUGAUGAUAAUGAUGAUGAGGAAGAGGAGGUUGAGAGCAAUGAAGAUGAUGAUGAUGAUGCUGAUGAUACUGAACAGAAAAAUGGUACUGUUCCUUCGUCUCCAAUGAGAACAAUGUCAUAUGAGAGUCAGACAAGCACACCUUCACGGCCAUCAAGAGCAAGUAGCAACUUGUCCAACUUCAAGUGGAGUUCAACAUCAAGGUACAGACCAUUUGUUGACCACAGUAUCAAGAAGAUGGGGUUGAUAAAACUUGGGAAGAGAUUAGGAGACAUUCUGGACACUAGUAUGAUGAAGGCUAGACAAGCCCUGGUGCUUCCAAGCAACAAAUGCCAGGACAAUGAAUGCCAGUGUUGUAACCCUGUUAAAUUGGAGCACAGGAAGUGGUCUGUAAAUCAUUUGGAUGCACUCAUGAAUGGAAAAGAAGAACCAAUUCAACUGUUCAGCUGUAGCUGUCAUCCUCAUAGAAGAGCAAUGCGCUGUGGGAGUGAGAAUUUUGAUCAUGGGAUUUGGGUGGAGGAGUUCAUUAAAGAAACUGGUCUGCCCUCCUUUCGAUUAUUGUACUUGUUUCUGGCACGAGUUCCAUUAGACAUCAUCCAUGAAUGUUUGCGUCUGAGGCUGCAGCAUCGGCCCAAGGGGGAGCCAUCAUCAUUGAGUGUGAGACAGGUCAGACACAAGAUUAGAUAUUUGGUUAAGUCAUAUUCUCUAAACAUUAAUCUAUACACUGUUCUCUACAUAUUUCUUUAUGAUAAUGACAAUUAGAGUUUGGGUAGCAAUCAAGAACUUCUUUAGCUGGUGGUCAUUUCCUUUUGUCUCAUGUCUCAUUUAAUGUGUGAUUCAGUGGGGAUACUAUAAAGAGAAAUUAGAUGAAAGUCAUGUAAAAAUAAUUAAUAAUUGCUGAUUUUUUUCUUAUAACUAGCUAAGGCACAAAGGAUAGGGAUGGGAAAGCUGUGUAUGGACUCGUUUUUAUAUUUAAGGAGGGGUGGGGUUCUUGGUACUGGUUAGAUUUUAACAAAAUUUAAUUUUGGUCUGACGUGUAUUUGCUUGAAGGAACCAAUUCUUCUACAAACUUUGAUUUGGUUUCUUGCCAUAAAAUUUUUUUUUAGCAUGGAAAGAUUCUGAAUAAUGCAACUUUUUUCAUCCUUACUUCUUGUUUGUUUUUUGGUUGCUUUCACUGCAUUUCCUGCUCCAGAAUAUUGACCUUUCAGGGAAAAAUAUGAUUUAUGGAAAAAAUUAUUCUCAGCCACAGCACUCAGUGACUUUGUUAUACACUCAGUCACUUUUUUUUAAUAUUUUUUUUAUACACAGCUUCUGCGAGAGUGUAAAGAUGUGCUGUUAGGUGGUGUUCUUGUGAAAGACUAUUACCUUGAUCUUGUGGGUGGAAUUUCAAAUUCAGAAGACUUAAACAAGGAAAACACAGAAAGUGACAUUGAAGGCUUUGAGCAGGAUCUUCAGAGUUUGCUGCUGGUAAUUUUUGGUUACUAUCUUAUCUCAGCAUGAAAUUGAAUUUGAGUUCAUUGUGAAACAUGCAUCAUUAUGUAAAGUCCAGGGUUGUCUGCAGGCUAAGGGAAUAUAAUUGACAUAAUUGGAUCUUCUGUCUUAUAAUAAAUAAGGACAGGAAAUUUUUCUAUAUGAACACUUUGUAUCACUUAUCAGAAUAAAGCGUGGAAGAUUUCACCUUGUUUUACUCCAUCACUGAGCUGAACACUGAAAUUUGCAUAAGUAAUAUUGACUGAGCUGAAAUUUUUCCUUUGUAUAUGAACAAGAGGUGGACAUUUUUUUUUUCUUGGUAGCCUAGCAACUCCAGUUACCAGGCUCACAUAAAGAGUCUAUUGAUAAAGUCUACCAAAUAGUUAACCAUUUCCUCCUGAAAAACAUCUAUAAAAUUGUUUACUUAGGGGUAAACUGUGAGAGUCAGCACAAGCCCAGAAAAUGCAUAGCCUCUGCUUCAUGUAUAAACAAGGACAUACAAUGAGUAUCCACUUUAUUGUGGGUGCAACCAUCAUAAUUUUAAUAACAUGUGAUCACUAAAUACGUAGAUAAAAUGUCAGUGAGAAAGAGAGGUAUGCCACAGAUGUUCUUCUGCUUUUGUUAAGCUGUUCUUUAUAUCUUUUUCAAUUAGGUUUAUUUUGAGUAUUUGCACAAUGUCAUCCACUUGGUCCAGAGGCUUCCUCAGGCAUCCAAAGGACUAAAAAACAUUCUUGAAGAAGAGUGGAGCUUUGUGAAGAAACAUUGCCGCCAUAUUAGAGGAGGGGAGGUGGAAGGAGGAACAAGAUUUUGGUAUUGAAAUAAUUUCUGUGACAAGUUGACAUAGCACCAUAAUUAAUAAUUGCACUGCAACACUAAAAUUUAAAAAACUGUUUAUAUACAUGUUGGAGAAAGAUGCAAAAACCUGUCAAGAGUGUGGGUGGGCCAAAGGAAAUAAUAUAUCUUCAUGAUGAUUUGAGCCCUAGUCAGUUAAGUUGUUGAGUUUUUCUACUCUACCAUUGUGGUUAUGUAAUUGGUUUUACAGUGUUCUCCUUUUCAGGUGAUCAGAGGUUAAACUUACCACCUAAACUUGCUUGAAAUUCUUGAAAAUUCAACAAGUAAAAGGGUUAUUCUAUUGGCUUGAAAAUUUCUCUUACCUGGCAUGCUUGAAAUAACAGAAUACAAUGGGUUUAAGAUCCUGAAUAUGGCAAGGAUCGGUAAUGUUGAAAGCAUCAGCAGAGAUAUAGAAUGAGUGCCACCAGCAUUUUAUAAACACUAUUACACAGUAUAAGAGCUCCUUGAGAAAUCAUUGUGAUUUUGGGAAUUAUGAAUGAUCAUUACUUUUAAUUCUGUUUAUUAUUUUUUCCUCUUUUCAGUGUCAUGGCUUCAGGACUGCUUGAGUCAACUGGUGACUUUCUAGAGUCUGAGUUGGAUCAGAGUUGCUCAGAUCUUCACAACAACACUGAUCAUGGUGAAGAUCUCAGGUACAGUUUACAGUGUUGGAUUACAGAUGGAUUAAAAUCAAUGAUGAAAUUUAACAAAACAACUGGAAUUGUGCCAACCACUGCAAUUGCAAAUAUUACAAAAAUUGCUAGGUGCCCAAGGUAAAUCAGUGGCAAAUUGCAACUUAGUGUCAGUGAGACUUGGCUGUGAAAUAGCUGGAACUUGAAAAUAUUAUGGAUUAAAAUUAGCAAAAACUGUCUGUUAAAAUAUUUUUCAAGUCCUGUCAUGAUCAUCAUGCCAUUUUAGUGAGAUGCUGUGUAUAAGCAGUGAUGGCUAGGCUUUUAAUGCAGGGGAAACAGUGAUACUUUUUAUCAUAAGCUACUGGUAUUUUGCUGCUGAGACUGUAGUAAGCUCUGACAAUGUGAUACGCUUAGCCUGUGUGUCAGAGUUUUUUUAUAAUCAUGUAAUGUUCUGUCUCUACAGGAGGAAAGUGCUUGAAGCUUGCAGAGGUUUUAAACUUUUGUUUAAUGAAGCGAGAGAAAGGGCCUCUAAAGCCCUUGGUUUCACCAAGAAACUCCAGAAUGACCUUGAAAAUGCUGCAAAGUUUAGCAUUGACGUACCCAUGAAUGAGCUUUUGAUGAGGCUAGAAGCUAGUGGACAUGUUCAGGUAAUGAAGAAAUAACCUUUACAAUUUCAAUGUGCAAACUAAUUUCUCAUUACAAUCAAAUUUAAAUGUAAGUGUACUACAUAAUAUAUAAUAUACUUUUCAGGUCAUAGUUAGACACACAGCUGGACUUUUUAUGUUUGUGCCAAAAACAAUGGUGAAGAAAAAAUGGUUAGUUCAGUCAAAUAUUAAUUUUUAGACCCCUAAGAGUGAUUAGCUUCUAAUUUGUCUCUACAGCAUCACCCCUGCAUCUCGCAUUAAGAUUAUGAGAAAAAAGAAAAAGGUUACCAACUGAAAGCAGCUCUUUCUUGUUAAGCAAAUUCUCCAUGUCAGUGUCAUGAGAAAUGCAUAAAGAACAGUAUGGAGAAUGUGCAUACUGAUGUUAUGAUGCAAAGCAUUACCUAAAGAUGAGUGGUUACUGUGUUGUUGUUCUGAUUGAUGAGCCUUUAAGCAGGGAUAGUCUAAAAGGAAUACCUCUUAGGGCAGUUCACAAAUAGAUGGGCCUAUGAAAGGGUUGGGGAGGGUUGAUGUGUCAAAUUUAAACUCUAGUUUGACGUCAUCCUUUUGUUUCAAUGUUACUACAGUCAAAUUAUCCACCUGUUAAAUUCUUGCUGUGUUCAUGAAGAACAUGGUGAUCAAGUUGUUUCGGAUGGUUCUGGAUAUCUCCUCAUUUUGCCACCGUGUGCCUUAGAGAAUGGAAAUGAUGUGCCUGUAACAUGGAAUGGCAAGACGGUUGUGGUGAGCCCAACCAUGGAUACUGCUAUUAGUUUAGCAGACAUACAGGUACGUUGUCAGCCUCUGCUCUUCAGCUAUCCCUCAGGACUUCAGGCUGCAAUAGUUUGGGUCACUGUUGCACACAGAAAAUAAUUUAACCACAACGUUUUUGUGCAAGUUUCUAAGUAGGUAAUCAUGUAAAAAGUUGUCACAAGUUUACUAUUUACAUUGUAACCAUUCAACUCUCAAAACAAAACCUGUUAUCCUGCUAUGGAAUUGCUUUUCGUGAAAAUAUCCUGUAUAUCCAUGGGUGGUAUUUACUCACAUCCACCAGGAGAUGUCAUGCCUGACAUUAGAGCCAAUUGAACCAUCUUUACAACAUACAUGUACUAAAAACAGCACUUUUCCUUAACUUUUUUUUUUCAGGUUGGAGGUAUGAUUUUGGUGGUACAGAAUUCCAAAGACUUGGAUGAGCAGCGUGAAGUAUUUCUUGACAGCAUGAGUUAUUCUGUCAGCAUUGUAAAGCAAAGGACAUCCAGUCAUCAAGCUAUUGCAGAAGCACUUGAUGAAUUGCAGGUAGGACAUAAUGGCAAUCUACAAUUAUAAUAUACAUGUAACUGAUCCAAUGGUGGUACCUGUGGUUACCACAAGUGACAUGAAAUAUCACCAGGAAAGAAAACUAACACACCUUAGAGAACUGUUUUUUCUUUUUUUGGUGUUAGUUCUAACAGAAAUCUUUAUAAGGAUCAGGAUUUAUCAGUUCUGUUGAAUUAAUCCUGAAACUCCCAGAAGUAAUUAAAAUGUAACUCUUCCCAUAAUAUCCAAACAUUAUCCAGCAAAAAAGUAAUGAGAAGCUCAAAGAAGUUAUUACCUUGAUCUUAAACCACAUUGUUUAUAACUAGUUUACAGGGAAACGUGUUACAGCUAGAGGGGAAAAUUAACUUCCAGAUCUUGGAAGCUAAAGAGUUAAGGUUAUGUCCCUUUCAGGAAGCCUGUCUGAGUCUCCGUGAGAAAAUUGUUAGUGCUGUUGAAAGAGUUGAUGAGAACUUGGAUCUUGAUAGCAUGUUUGAAAUGGAAGAGACAGAGAAGGCCAUGGUUUAUCACACCUACACAGAAACUAUGCACCUGUGUUACAAUGUUGGUUUUGAGGUACAUAUAACUUGCUUAUCAUGUCAACACCUGAAUUUUCCUUUUGCAGUUUCAUACUCCUGAAGUGUUUGGUAUUUGUGCAUUUGUUUUGCAAUUAUUAGCUUUGAUGCUCGAAUCAUAGACAAGUCACCUUACUCCAAGUUCAUACCGUAAUUACAUAACUUUGAAAUAAACACGAGUUUUGAAAUUGCAUUUCAAGUAUCAAAAAGAGGUGGCACGUUUAGUAUUUGGAGAGAGAAAGGACACUCUUGGGCAAAAAAUGCUGAAUUUUUCCAAGCAAUGGAUGAAGUUUGUAAUGUCAAAGUGUGAGAGGGGAAGAGGCACAAGACCAAGGUAUGGUAGUUUAAAAAAAGAAUAAAAAAAAAAGGUAAACAAUUCUUAAGUCUGCCCUUUUGGACAGAGUGGAUUAUCUUGCGUUUUAAAUUUCAGCUGUGUCGUUCAGUUCAUUUAUUUUUUAAUAUAAAUUUCAAUGUUUCUUUAUAGAUGGGCAAACCAAGGUCUUGACUUUCUUACAGUAGCAUGUGAUCCCAAGACAUUGAACACUUUAUCAGAGUCUGCGUUCCAGGUAUGAAUUGAAAAUAUAACUUCUCGUUCAUGGGAUAUCUUGUAAACUUUGCGAAGAUCAAUCAGGCUUCUUCCAGAUUUGUUGUCUCUGCUAUGAUCGUGUUCAAUCUUUUUUGAACUGACAUUUUCUUUACAAUUUGCUCUUGAAGGAAUUGAAGAAAACGAUCAACGGUUGUAUUUGUCACGUGAUUGGAAGUGCAGAGAGCUGCAGUGGGGUCGCAAGUCCAGGUACACAUUUCUUAAAUAUGGAUUGCUUUUGACUAAUAAUUAAAAAAAGAAAGAGAUUAUUUUAUAAUUAUCUACUGAAGGCUUCUGUUAAUUACUAGCUUCUUAGCCUGCAGUGCAGACGUCUUAUUUGGACGAGUUAACGGUACAAGCUCACGAUCGUUUAUACGACCGGCCAUGUUUGAUUUAGAGUAAGAUUGGACGGUGGGGGAAUGGGGUAGGGAAAGGCAAAAAGAAGUAAUUUCUAUUGCCCCACCCCCUCCCCUCUCCUUCCCUUUGAUCGUGGCACACCCCAUUGAGAAAAAUUUCAUUCUAUCCCCUUGCCCUCCACCGUUGUAAAGAUCAAAGAUGGCAGCUAUAACUUUCAUCAAGAAAAUAUUGUGCACUCGCUCACCAAAACUACUAGCUUCUGUGACUGUGGCAGCGACUAUAUUUUCAUCCAACACAUGAAAUGCAGCCUGUGCGACCAAGUGCCCCCCCCCCCCCCACCCUACAGAACUUUUUAGCUCUCUAACUCCAAGUUGUACUCCUCAGCUGCGCCACGAAAAUAGCCGACUUAUGUUCCUCCUAGCUCUUGAGAUUUUUAACCACUUAAUUUUUAUUUGGAAUAUCAUGCCCUUCUUUGUGCAUUGCACCGAAAAGAUUACCUUUACUCAAUCCUGUAAGUGGAACUCCAAAUGCGAAGUUAUUGUUGUAUCCCAAGUUGAACGAGGUAUCUUUUUUAUACCAAACGUAAUACUUGCUAUGUUGCUCUUCCCCCCCAGCAUACAGAUCUCAGAGUCCAGCUUGCCCAUCCCCAGUGUUUGGCAGAAGUGGUUCCACAGGAGGACUUCUGAGACCUCUGUCAUGGCCGGCAGGAAAGCCUUCCAAAUCCCCAGGAGACCCGGCGGAUUCUGAUGAAAAUCAGUCCACGCGACGGCAGCUGUCAGAUCCUCUGGCCAAGCCACAGUUCCAGAGUCUAGCAACAGACGUUAAUGGUUAGAAACUUUUACAAUUAUUGAGUCAUGUCUUAAACCCUCAGCUCCCAUAAUUCUGCCUUCUAGGUUCUAAAAGAAUUUGGUUCUGUAUCUGGAUAACACUCCCGAGCUGAUACUUUUGUCUUUUGUUUUCACCUUUGUACUGGAGAAUAUAUUUAUUGGGUAAUUUUUGAUUGAAUGUCGAGAGUAAUCUGGGAUUGCUGUGAUUUUCUUUUACUUAGCUCUGGAAUUGGUCCGGAAAACGCGCGCCACCGUCAUAACAAAUCAGAUUUAAAACUUAGGGAACUUGUAUACUGCACUUCAGGCAGUUUGAUUGUUUUUUAUUUGAGUUCUCAUUGGCUCCUUGUGCUAUUUUCCACUCUUUUGAUUGGCGGUUGUCAUUACUAUUGUUUUUCUUAAACGACACUCCGUCGAAAUGCUCUCUAGUAGCAGAUGUCACAUGUUAAUACUUACUGGGAGUUAAAGAAGGGGACCUGUCAAUGCAAUUCGUACACGAAGGUCUCAAUGGGAUCGACCGUUAGCCGUAAACCAGCCAAAAACUUUAGCCAGUAGGGGUGAAAAUUUACACAUUUUUAGUCAUAAAAAAAAGGUUAACGGUAAACAGUUUUCCUUCUGCAAUGUGUCAAUUUGGGCUAACUCCUAACUGUAAAUUGGCCAAAAUUUCAACCGUUAGCUGUAAAAACCAUCAUCUCAUUGAGACCCUCUUACGCGCUGCUACAAGAUUUCCUGAAAAUUUCUUUUUCUUUAGGGAACGAUGGUGAAGGCGAAAAUGAAGAAGAAGGUGAAAAGGAUGGCAUUAAACAUAAGGAUAGCUUUGUGGCAGAGCCAGGCGCACCCCGGUUAGAAAAAGUUCGUCACUCCUUGAAUAAACUGGAAAGGAAGAGAAACGAUUAUCUAUAUGAUAAGCAUGUGAUUGGGCGAGUGAGCAACAGACGCCGUGAUAUAGUCAAGGAACUGGCUUGCAUUUCCAGCAGAAAAGUGCCAUUUAAGUGGCAGCGAGGAAAUAAAAUAGGUACAGUUAUGAUUAAAAACUCUCAGGCUUUCUUGUGUUGUUAAAGUCCAGUUUCAGCUGUUUACAGUAGCAAGACUUAUUUUCGUGGGAAAGAAACUCAAAGAAAUAUAUUGAGUCACCUACUAUCAUUAAAGAACCCCUCCUCUCCACUCUUGUUUCGAGGGGAUAGCUGAAUGAACGGAAAUUAAAUCGUCACAAAACCUGUGUACCAUUUGGUUCUCCUUUGCGAGGAGCCAGUGGCAAAAUUUACUGUGUUAACCUCCUGAAGCGCGGGAAAACGUUUGUGCCCAAGUGCCAGGUCGGAAUCUGAUUGGUUGGGACUAAUCACGGAGCGUUAAUGAAAUAUUACUUUGCAGGAUUAGUUUCGAGAUUCACUUUAAAUCGCUCCGCUCUGUGGAAUUGAAGACUUGCAAACUAUGUUUGUAUCACGUUUUGCCUCGUAGGUGAAGGUCAGUUUGGAAAAGUGUACGCUUGUGUUAAUCUGGAUACAGGUGAAAUGAUGGCUGUGAAGCAGGUUAGAGAUCAAUGCUAAGAAUGUUUAAGCGUGCCUUACUUUUAUUGAUAAAAUUUCAUGGUUAGGAGGAAGUGAAGAUGGUAAAUUUUUAGCGUAGUCGUCGAAAAAAGAAAAUCGUUUUUUGUUAGGCCUUGAGCAUUCUACACUUGUGACAAAACGAAUGAUAACUCUUUUAAUUUCUUUGAGGUGAAGAUCAAACCUUUUUCUUAAAGGCUAAGCGUGAUCUCCUUCUUAUUGUGUCUUCGAUGAUUUUUUUAAUCAAACUUGCAGAAGAAACCGUUAAUUUAAUUUUUUUGCUACAGAUCAAAUUUCAGCCGAACGAUCAUGGUGAAAUACGGGAUUUAGCGGAUGAAAUUAAGAACUUUGAGGGAAUACGACAUGAAAGUCUGGUGAAGUACUAUGGUGUUGAACUUCAUCGGGUGAGCUUACACACAAUUUUCGUUUAAACUAAAUCAAGAUUCGACGCGACAACACAGCGGUCAUACGUUUACACAUGUGCUAUCUUUGUAAUCACGAAGUCACUAGGUAGAGUGUUUUCCGUCUGUAAGAACUAACUUGUCCCAGACGAGUCAUAUCACAAACAGUCACACAAGCCAGUAAGUCACAGUGUUUUGGAAGCGUAUAACUUUUUCGGUAAAGCUCAAAACAGGAUAGUAUAUCAAUAGGCUACCUGUCCUUAAAUAAGCUUUCUGUUCGAAAAGUCUCGGGUUUCCUUUCCCUACCUAUGUUUCCUUUUACAGAUUUUUAUGAACGUUUCAAUUUUCUUUCGCCUGUUUUGUGAGGCAGCGUUGUUUCUUAUGUUAUCCUUUAAAAAUGUGCGCGAGAAAUUGGCGCGCGGCCGGCCAAAAUUGAUCUUCCCGCGCGUGCCAGACAUUUUACCGCUGUGUUGUUCCCGACUGGUUUGUAGGACUUUUCCUGAAGCUUACCUUCAUAAUUUUACAUAUACCAGGUUGCUCUUUGGCUAAGUUACUGUAGUUUUAUCAUUUGCGUCUCAUAAUUUACAGCAUGGAGUUCUUAGGCUGUUCAUGGCGUGAACGAAAAGCGAAAGGAAACGAAUUAAACGCAGUGAACUCACAAUAAGGAAAAAGAUAGAAAACAAAUUUUACGGUCGAAAAAUGAAAGAAAAUUAGUAGUUAUGAACAGUGUCGUUAAAUGUUUGUGGUGCCAGCUGCAUGAGCUACUUAGGUGGAACAGUACCUGGAAAGUAAGAGCUAUACGUUUGCUUGGAAUUGUGCUUUUCAGGACGAGAUGUUCAUCUUUAUGGAAUACUGUGCGGACGGCACUAUAUCAGACGUUGCCAAACUUGGCCUCCCAGAAACAAUGAUUAGAGUGUAUGCUUACCAGAUUCUUGUUGCCGUCAGCGUGCUUCACGAAAAGGGUAUUGUGCACAGAGAUGUUAAAGGUGGGUUUCACUGCAUCUUGGAAAAUAACUUAUACGUUUUGGUAGGCAAUAUAGAAAGACAACCCAUUGCUACCGCACUACAGUGUUGCUGCUCCUCUUGGAAGGAAUACUGGCGUAUGCAGGUUACCUUUCUGAGCGGAGAAAAACUGUGAGAGGCAAAUGCUCUGAACAACUAAAAUUAGGAAUGUUGUGGCUGAGUUUUUGGUAAUUGUUUAGGCCUGUUAGAUUAUCUUGAAAUCCUUGUGUGAGUCUUGUGAGCCUUGGUUUAUCAUGUGCUGCAAGACUACACAUUUAUUUUUACCUUUUGAGAGACUGUUGUAAUAGCGCUUAAUUCUUUUACGAUAAUCAUCAUCGCUGGUCGUGUUUCUCAUUGCUUAGAGUACACAACGGGAAUGUUUUUUAGGUUUUAGUUCUCGAAGAUUGGUUAUUUUUUAAGUACUUUGUUGUUCAUUUCGAAUGUCUCGUGAAAUUUUAUUGGGUUAGUGUUCCAAAAAUAUGUUUACUCUGCCAAGGUCAGUUGUCCUGUACGCCCAAACAUGCCUACCGAUAGGAUACGCAAUAGCAUGUUCUUGGGGCUGAAAACUGCCUGGACGAUGAGCUGCCACUCCAAGCAGCGCUGAAAGUAUACGCUCAAAGCAUACGCAAGAACGCCUUAAACGAAGGGCACAUGGAAUUACGAAGCAUGCGCAUAUGCAAAACCGCUGACUACUAGAGAACGCUGAUGCUCUUUGUUGUUAACUCCGUUAAAUCGCAUUAAUAAAGAGAGAGAGAGAGUCUCAGAAAGUGAGUAAAAGUUCCUGAUCAGACUCCUUGUGCCUCCGUUUGCGCGAGUGACUCAAGCUAGUCAACGCCAAUAAUCCAACACAAGGAUGGCAAGGCUGACGGUAUUUUUGAAGGUAGAACGCAAAUAAGGAAUAGAGUGUCGCGUCUCCUGCGAUCAUUUUCUCGCGCUGCCUUGCGUAAAUUGUAUCUAAGGGUAUUGCGUUUCAAUAAUUUAUGCUACAACUUACUGCAUAUGCCAUACCAAUUUUUUUUUUCGUUAAUCAUUUUAGGUGCCAACAUAUUUGUCUCGUCUGAUGGUGUUCUCAAGUUGGGGGACUUUGGUUCCUCUAUUAAGUUAAAGAAUCCUCUGCAGACAAUCUAUGGAGAGAUAAGCAACAUACGAGGAACAGUGGGUAAGUAAGAAAUCAUUUACCUCACAUAAAGCAUUCUAUUUUACUUGGUUUGCUUUUUAUUGUAAUCGAUUGAGAUAUGCUAAAGCCAUCCGUGACAAAUGUGUUCGCGUUGCUAUGGGCAUUUUCGAAAAUACAAUACAUUUGUUUCAGCUUACAUGGCACCUGAGGUGAUAACACUGGAUAAAGGGGCAGGGUACGGCAGAGCGGCAGACAUCUGGAGCAUCGGAUGUGUAGUGGUUGAGAUGGCAACAGGAAAGGUUGGUAUUGAGAGGGGGUGAUGGGAUGAUGGCCUUUACGGCAAAUGGUGAAAAUUUUGGUUAUUUUACGACCAACGGUUAACCCAAAAUGACGCAAAAUGACACAUUGCGGAAAGGAAAAAUUCUCACGGUUAACUUUUUUAACGACUAACGGUUAAAACUUGUCAAUUUUUACGACCACCGGCGAAAUUGUUUGGCUGUUUUACGACCAACGGUGAACCCACUGAGACCUCUUAUUGAUCUAAAACAGCACUUUCACUCCAGGAGGUUACUAACAAGCGACUUCUCCCUACAAACUCCAUACGUUGUACAGCAAACAGGUUAUGAAAAGAGACACACGUAUCUCCCAUUGAGUGUUAGCCUAAUAUAAAACCGAAUUGUCUUCAUUUAUUACCAGGGAUUUAGUCAGCAGCUACAAAGACAAAUACAAAUCAUACACUAUACCUCUCAACUAAGUUAUUUGCUGAAUCUUGUCCUCAGAUUAUUAUUAUUUUUUUUAAUGUAUAGCCUCCAUGGCCCGAUUGCGAUAACAACUUUGUGAUCAUGUUCAAAGUUGGCGAAGGAGCCACGCCUGCUAUCCCUGAGAGUUUAAGUGAAGAGGGACAGGAUUUUCUGCUCUGUUGUUUUCUGCAUGAUCCUUAUGAACGGCACACGGCCAGUCAGUUAAUGGACCAUUCGUUUGUCAAGGUAGAUCUCUAAAG